AUCUUUCUCAGCUGGGGAACUGCUGGGCGCACAAGAGGCCCGAGGCUCGCGGUCCCGGGCGCGCGCCGCCAAGCGCUCUGGUCCCCGCUCACUGCGCGCUCUCUCCCAGGUGCCUGCGUCGGUGGGGAGCAGCUGCAGCAGGUGGCAUCCGGGGUGGGGUCAAUGAAGCGCAACCUAAGGAAGAUGUUGCGCUCUGGGGAGAAGAAGGAACCCCAGGGCGUUGUCUACCAGGGCGUGGAGGAUGACAUGGACGACUCCCAGGAUUCUUUCAAGGUGGUUUUGGAAGGAAAUUUAUGUCCAUUACAAAAUUUUUUGAAGAAACGAAGAAAAUGUAGCAGAUAUGAUGAUAUAAGUGCCUCUCCUUUGCAUUAUGCUGCAGAAGAAGGUCAAGUCCAGCUGAUGGAAAUGAUCCUAAAUGACUCCCCAUGUGAAGUGCUGAAUAUGAUGGACAAUUAUGGAAAUACUCCUCUACACUGGGCCGCAGGAAAAAAUCAGGUUGAAAGUGUUCGAUUUCUACUUAGCAAAGGAGCCAAUCCAAACCUCCGGAACAGGAGCAUGAUGGCACCCCUCCACAUUGCUGUGCAGAACUUCAACAAUGAGGUGAUGAAGGUCUUAACUGAGCACAGCAACACUAAUCUUAAUUUGGAAGGAGAAAAUGGAAACACAGCUGUGAUAAUUGCUUGUUCCAAAGACAAUAGUGAAGCACUACAAAUUUUGUUAAAUAAAGGAGCUAAGCCAUGUAAGGCAAAUAAGUGGGGAGGUUACCCUGUUCACCAGGCUGCAUUUUCUGGUGCCAAAAAAUGCAUGGAAAUAAUAUUAAAGUACGGUGAAGACCAUGGAUAUAAAAGGCAUUCUCAUAUUAACUUUGUGAAUAAUGGGCGGUCUAGCCCUCUCCACAUGGCAGUUCAAAGUGGAGACUUAGAAAUGAUUAAAAUGUGCUUAGACAAUGGUGCACAGUUGGACCUAAUGGAGAAUGGGAAGUGUACAGCCCUUCAUUUUGCUGCCACCCAGGGAGCCACAGAGAUUGUUAAGUUGAUGAUAUCGUCCUAUUCUGGUAACAGUGAUAUUGUCAAUGCAGUGGAUGGAAACCAGGAGACACUAUUGCACAGGGUCUCAUUAUUUGACCACCAUGAAUUAGCAGACUACUUAAUUUCAGUGGGAGCAGAUAUUAAUGCCACUGAUUCCGAAGGACGUUCUCCACUUUUAUUAGCGACUGCUUCUGCAUCUUGGAAUACUGUCAAUUUACUACUCUCUAAAGGUGCACAUGUAGAUAUUAAAGAUAAUCUUGGACGUAAUUUUUUGCAUCUAACUGUACAACAACCUUAUGGAUUAAAAAAUUUGCGACCUGAGUUUAUGCAGAUGCAACAUGUUAAAGAGCUGGUGAUGGAUGAAGACAUUGAUGGGUGUACUCCUCUACAUUAUGCUUGUAGACAGGGGGUGCCCGUCUCUGUAAAUAACCUACUUGACUUUAAUGUGUCCAUUCAUUCCAAAAACAAAGAUAAGAAAUCACCUCUGCAUUUUGCAGCCAGUUAUGGGCGCAUAAACACCUGCCAGAGGCUCCUACAAGAUAUAACCGAUACUAGACUUCUGAAUGAAGGCGACCUUCAUGGAAUGACUCCUCUCCACCUGGCAGCAAAAAAUGGGCAUGAUAAAGUAGUUCAACUUCUUCUGAAAAAAGGUGCAUUAUUUCUCAGUGACCACAAUGGCUGGACUGCUUUGCAUCAUGCUUCCAUGGGUGGGUACACUCAGACCAUGAAAGUCAUUCUUGACACUAACUUGAAGUGCACAGACCGACUCGAUGAAGAAGGGGCAGUUUUAGAUUUAUGUAUGAUGCCCUCCACAGAUGACAAGUCCUGCAAAGACUACUAUAUUGAGUAUAAUUUCACAUAUCUUCAAUGUCCGUUAGAAUUUACCAAGAAAACAAAUCCUGCGCAAGAUAUUACAUACGAACCUCUUACAACUCUCAAUGCAAUGGUACAGCAUAACCGUAUAGAACUUCUCAACCAUCCUGUGUGCAAAGAAUAUUUACUCAUGAAAUGGUUGGCUUAUGGGUUUAGAGCCCAUAUUAUGAACCUAGGGUUUUACUGUAUUGGUCUUUUGCCUAUGACCUUUCUUGUUGUCAAUAUAAAGCCAGGCAUGGCUUUCAACUCAACUGGAAUUAUCAACGAAAGUAGUGAUCACCCAGAAAUGUCAGAUACCAAGAAUUCAUAUUCUAUAAACAUUUGUAUGAUUUUAGUUUUCCUAUCAAGUAUAUUUGGAUAUUGCAAAGAAGUGGUUCAGAUUUUACAACAGAAAAGGAAUUAUUUUUCAGAUAUUAACAAUGCAGUUGAAUGGGUCAUCUAUACAACAAGCAUUGUUUUUGUGUUACCCUUGUUCACUGGUAUACCAGGUCAUGUUCAGUGGCAAUGUGGAGCAAUUGCAAUAUUCUGUUACUGGAUGAACUUCUUAUUGUACCUUCGGAGAUUUGAAAAUUGUGGAAUAUUUAUUGUCAUGUUGGAUGUAAUUAUGAAAACUUUGCUGCGGUCCACAGUCGUAUUUAUCUUCCUUCUUUUGGCUUUUGGGCUCAGUUUCUAUGUCCUUCUGAACUUACAGGAUGCUUUCAGCUCUCCACUGCUUUCUAUAGUCCAGACUUUCAGCAUGAUGCUCGGAGAUAUCAGUUAUCGUGAUGCCUUCCUGGAGCCGUUUUUGAGAAAUGAAUUGACGUAUCCAUUUUUGUCCUUUGCACAACUUAUUAUCUUCACCAUGUUUGUUCCAAUUGUCCUCAUGAACUUACUUAUUGGUUUGGCAGUCGGUGACAUUGCUGAGGUCCAGAAGCAUGCAUCAUUAAAGAGGAUUGCUAUGCAGGUUGAACUCCACACUGGCUUAGAGAAGAAGCUCCCACUCUGGUUCCUACGCAAAGUAGAUCAGAAAUCUGUCAUCGUGUAUCCCAACAGACCCAGAUAUGGUGGAGGAUUAUUUUGUAUAUUUCAUUAUCUCUUCCACACCCAUGAAGCAAGACAAGAAAUGCCAAAUACUGAUACAGUUUUAGAAACCGAAAUGCUGAAACAGAAAUACAGACUGAAAGACCUGACAUCUCUUCUGGAAAGACAGCAUGAACUUAUCAAACUCAUCAUUCAAAAAAUGGAGAUCAUCUCAGAGACAGAGGAUGAAGAUAGCCAUAGUUCUUUCCAAGACAAGUUUAAGAGAGAGCAACUAGAGCAAAGGAAUAGCAAAUGGAAUUGUGUGUUGAAUGCAGUAAAGGCAAAAGCACAGUAAACUUAAGAGUUAGUUAUCCAGACCUGUAACAGGGUUAUUAUUGGUCUGUAGUUACUGGUUACUUUCCAAAUUUUUUAUUUGGAAAGACCAGAAAAAAAAAAAAAAAAGAACCCUGGUUCUGACUGUAGUAAUGUGAAAUGAUUGUUCCUGCAUGCUAUAUAAAAGUCGGUCACUAUGUGUUAGGAAUAGCCUUGCUUAUAUACUACAUGAUCUGAAUUGGUAGAAACUAAUUUGUUAGAAUACACACUUGCAAUUAUUAGGAGUCAUAAAUGCAACUGUUAAGCUAGAAUAAAGCUACCAGUACUGGAUGCCUUCUUGUGUGAUGCAUUCAACUAUAAAGGAAUAGACUGGGUUCCAUCAUUUGUUAUUGCUUUUUUAUUUUAUUUAUUUUCCCUUUUGUUGCCCUUGUUUUUUAUUAUUGUUGUUGAUGAUGAUGUCGUCGUUGUUAGAUAGAACAGAGAGAAAUGGAGAGAGGAGGGGAAGACAGAGGGGGAGAGAAAGAUAGACACCUGCAGACUGGCUUCACCACCUGUGAAGGGACUCCCCUGCGGUGGGGAGCUGGGGACUUGAACCGGGAUCCUUAGGCCAGUCCUUGCACUUCGUGCCACGUGUGCUUAACCUGCUGUGCUACCGCCGGACUCCCUGUUACUGCUUUUCUGUUUUGAAGACCUUGUCAGUGGAACCCUAUGCAAUCUCUUCUGAUGACAGUGAAUUGCCCCACCCUUCAUGCUGCUCCCAACAUACAUAGUAUCAUUCUGGGUUGAGGUCUAAACUAGCGAACCUUAUGAUAUGCAUGAAAUUAACUGCGAAUAACACAUGCCAUUUCUGUAUCUUUGUUUGCCAGUGAU